AUGCUGUUUUAGUUUCGAAUGCCAAUCGACGACGUGAAUCGACGCGCCGCCGUUUCGAACGGGCCACGCACGUUUCAUAACAGUGCCAAAGAGUUCGCGUCCUUGAUUACGUUAGUAAAGCUUUGAUAUAGCUCGAGGAUUCGCGAACGCGAACCGUUGUCCAAAGACGAGGGAUCGUUCCCGAGAAAAAUCCUUCCGAAAAAUUAUCUUUGAACCCGUUAACGGCCUGUAAUAUGCUCACGACUGUCGUAAGAGCCGUCGGCCGCCGCUCGUUUUCUACGUCGAAAUGGGCAGCAGCACAGCAGAUGACUGUGCGGGAUGCUUUGAAUUCUGCCCUGGAUGAGGAGAUGGAGAAGGACGAGAGGGUGUUUCUUCUUGGUGAAGAAGUCGCUCUAUACGAUGGUGCGUAUAAAGUCUCUCGGGGUCUUUGGAAAAAGUAUGGAGACAAGCGUGUCAUUGACACACCAAUUACAGAGGCUGGUUUCGCCGGUAUCGCUGUUGGAGCUGCUAUGGCCGGCCUGCGACCAGUCUGCGAAUUCAUGACAUUUAAUUUCUCAAUGCAAGCAAUCGAUCAAGUUAUCAACUCUGCUGCCAAGACAUUUUAUAUGUCUGCGGGUAGAAUCAAUGUACCAGUAGUGUUUCGUGGCCCCAAUGGUGCCGCCGCGGGCGUUGCGGCGCAACAUUCGCAAUGUUUUGGUGCUUGGUAUAGUCAUUGUCCUGGUCUAAAGGUAGUAUCGCCUUAUAACAGCGAAGAUGCUAAAGGUCUACUGAAGGCAGCUAUCCGAGAUCCAGAUCCGGUGGUAGUUCUCGAGAAUGAGAUACUGUAUGGUAUACAGUACCCCAUGUCUGAUGAAGCUUUAUCAAAGGAUUUUGUUUUGCCCAUUGGCAAAGCUAAGGUGGAGCGCGUAGGCAACCACGUGACAUUGGUGGCACAUUCCAAAGCUGUCGAGGAAUCCCUCGAAGCGGCCAAUGAACUUGCCGGAAAAGGAAUAGAAGCCGAGGUGAUAAAUCUUCGUUCUCUCAGACCGUUGGACAUGGAUACUAUUAUACAAUCUGUGGUGAAGACGAAACACUUGUUAACUGUCGAACAAGGCUGGCCGCAAUGUGGUAUCGGCGCAGAAGUUAGUGCAAGAAUCGCCGAAAGUGAAGCUUUUUAUCAUCUAGACGCACCUGUAAUUCGUAUCACAGGAGUUGACACACCUAUGCCAUAUACGAAAUCACUGGAGAUCGCAGCUUUGCCACAGAUCAAAGAUAUAGUGUAUGCUGUUAACAAAGUACUAGGAGUCACGCAGUAAUCGCAACGAUAUGCGUAUAUUUAGGUGAAAUUACGAUAUUUUUACGAUUUUCCUAACACAUCGUUAUUUUUCCCUCUAUCCGCUAUCUUUCUACCUAGUAUAUCCUAUUUUUCGUCCAAUCAUUGAUCAAUAGAAGAGUAAAAUAAAUAACAGAGGGAUAAAUUAAGAGAAAAGAUAAAUAAGUACAAAAAAUCUCGAUUCUAUGAAGAUAAUACAUAAUACUCUAUCACCGCCAGGUAGAAUAUAUUAAAAACAUUUCCUUAUAAAUUUUAUUUGUGGAACUUCUACAAAAAAAUACGUUUUAAGAAAAAGGGUACAUUUGUACAUUUAUUACAAUGUAUAAAUAAAAAUCAAACGAAUGUAUCUUUUCAAACUAAUGCACAAGAUAUGUAUUCUUUGUACAUGUCAUUAAUAGAUAGAAUGUGUGAUAUUAAUUGUGAUUGUAUAUAUAAAUACAUACUUCAGUAGUUAGUAAUAUUUUAAAAUACCGAAUUAUAUGUAAAAUUAUGGAUUAAUGUAUAGAUGCAUUCAGUUGAAAAGUAUUUUAUUUAGUUGAGUCACAUGUUUAAAUAAAUUAAAAUUAUCUUUUAUUUAAUGAAUAUGUGCGCAAUAUUAAUCUACUGCCAUAUAUAUAUAUCCAUAAGCUGCCUCUUUCACUUUGUAGAGUUUCAUAUCACACACUUGAAAAUCUCAAUUUAUAAGAAAAUGUUGAUAGUGCAAUUACUGCAAUUGUAUGCUCAUAUAUCUAACUGCAAAAUAACAGGUAGCAUAUAAGAUGCUGCAUUUGUUAAUUAUUUAUUACAGAAAAUUAAUAAAUUAAAAUGUACAAUUUAGAA